AUGUCUUCCAAUAAAGCCCCAGGAAUUGAUCAAAUUCCCAUUCGCGUAAUAAAAGACUGUCUGACAUCUAUACUGCCUACACUUACAUCUAUUGUUAAUUCCUCACUAGUUACUUCUACCUUUCCCACUGUUUGGAAAAUAGCAGAAGUAACACCCAUUCCUAAAGAUGGAGAUCAUGAACAAGCGAUCAAUAAUAGACCUAUUUCAUUAUUACCUGUAUUGUCGAAAGUCUGCGAACGAGCUGCCUAUAAUCAGCUUUCUUCCUAUUUAUUAGAAAAGGAAAGAUUAACGCAACACCAGAGUGGAAAUAAGAAAUGGCACUCCACCGAAACUUCUGUUAUUCAAACUACAGAUGCCAUCCUCAAUGCCAUAGACAAAAAGAAGCUUACUGCUACAGUCUUUUUGGAUAUGAGCAAGGCGUUCGACAGCAUUGAUCAUGAAUUAUUAAUAUCUAAAUUGGAAGAUGUUGGAGUCUCCAAUAUGACACUUCUUUGGUUUCGCAGUUAUCUUUCAAACAGAAAACAAGUUGUAAAGAUCCACUCAACUAAAUCAGAACUUCUUCCUGUGGUCAGUGGUGUACCCCAGGGAAGCAUUCUCGGCCCUCUUUUGUUUAGCAUAUAUGUUAAUGACUUGCCAUCCGUUCCAGAGAAAUGUAAAUCUAAUAGUUAUGUGGACGACACAAAACUUAGCGUUUCCUUCCAUCUACAAAACAAGCAAGGUGCCAUUGAAGAUAUGAAUGAGGAUCUUUUGAAAGUGCGAAACUGGUGUUUCAACAACCUUCUCUUAUUAAAUCCAAAAAAGACAAAGCUCAUGGUUUUCGGAAGUAGACACAAAUUAGCGGACCUAAAUGAGUUUAGCCUAUCCCUACUUGGGAAAAAUAUAUUCCCUUCCGAAACAGUAAAAGAUCUAGGAGUUACUCUUGACCCUCUCCUUUCUUAUGACGAACACAUAACUAAGACGAUCUCUUCGUGUAUGUCCCGCCUCGGUCAGAUAAAUCGUGUUAAGCAUGUACUGGACAGGCAAACACUUAUCACUGUAAUAAACGCUCUUGUCUUCAGCAAGUUAUUUUACUGUUCGAAUGUUUGGGCCAAUACAACUGGCAAAAACAUAAACAAAUUACAAUCUGUACAGAACUUUGCCUGUCGUAUCGUUAGCGGAGCACGAAAGUAUGAUCAUGUUACACCACUUUUAAAAGAAUUAAGAUGGCUUCCUGUGGCAACUCAGUUGUACUAUCGUAGCGCCACUAUGGCUUUUAAGUGCAUGACGGGCUGUUUCCCAGCUUAUAUUUCAUCCCAAUUUAUAAAGCGUCAGGAAGUAUCUAACCAUCAUACUAGGAAUUCACAACAACUUAAUAUUCCGUUAUUUAAAACGGCAACAGGUCAACGGACAUUUUAUUACAAGAUUGUUAGUCUAUGGAAUUCUUUAGACUCUUCUUUAAACCUUUGUGAAUCAGUUGAUUCUUUUAAACGUCGUUUGAAGACGAAGUUAUUGCAUGAGUUUUUAAGCAACUAG